AUGGAUGAUAAAAAAAUGGCGGUCAACUUGAGAAACGAUGACUUAAGCGAAGAAACAAAGACUCUCAUCUCUUCACUACCUUCAGACAAAGAUUCCACUGGGAUAAAUGUUUGUAAGUACCAAGGAUGUUGGUAUACUCACCACUUUCUCCAAGCUGUCCUCAAUUUCCAGAAAAACUUCAAGCCUCAAGACACCAAUAUCAUCGUUGCUUCGUUCCCUAAAUGCGGCACGACUUGGCUCAAGGCACUUACAUUCUCACUAGUGCAUAGAUCAAAACACCCUUCUCAUGAUCAUCAUCAUCCCCUUCUUUCUAACAAUCCGCACGUUCUUUUCUCAUCGUCUCCGAGGCUGUUCUCGACACACAUGCCGUCUCAUACGCUGCAAGAAGUGCUUAAAGAUUCUACUUGUAAAGUUGUGUAUAUUUGCAGGAACAUGAAAGACACAUUGGAAACGUUCGAGUCUUUUUGUAAGGGAGUCAACUUUUUUGGGCCUUUUUGGGACCAAGUCUUAAGCUACUGGAGAAGAAGCUUGGAAGAUCCAAAUCAUGUCCUUUUCAUGAGGUUUGAGGAGAUGAAAGCAGAACCUCAUGAGCAGAUCAAGAGACUUGCUGAGUUCUUAGAUUCUCCUUUACUAAGGAAGAAGAAGAGAACGGAUUGUUUGGAGAUCAAUAAGACCGGAAAAUUAUGUGAAGGUAGAGAUAACAAAACAUUUUUCCGUAAAGGAGAAGUCGGUGAUUGGAAGAACUAUUUGACUCCUGAAAUGGAGAACAAAAUCGACAUGAUCAUCCAAGAGAAACUUCAAAAUUCUGGUUUGAAAUUCUGA